UUAUCGAUUACGAAACAAUACCCGAGAGCACCAGACGGAAAAUUUGUUCUUGAUUUCAUUUGGGAAAAAAUGUCGCUCGUUAAUCACAUCUUUCUUCGUGCUAUUUCACAAAGUGCUGCCCGCAAUGCCGUAAAAGGCCCGUCCGCAGUCGCUGGACAUGGAGGUACUGGUUCCAAAACCUGGAGAAACCUGUCGUUCUUCGUUGCCGUUCCGGCCGUUGGUCUGUGCAUGUUGAACACCUACUUGAAGCAUCAGGAAGAACACGGACAUCCCCGCGCAGAGUUCAUCCCAUAUGAACAUAUGCGGAUCCGUAACAAGCGUUUCCCGUGGGGAGAUGGUCGGCACAGCCUGUUUCAUAACCCCCACGUUAACCCACUGCCAACUGGAUAUGAAGAUUAGAAGGUUCUGAUGGGCGGAAUUUAAUAAAAACGUUGGUAAAGUAGGCUUUGCAGGUGUACCUAUUGAUGAUUCAAACACAGAUCGUCAUAAAAUAAAAAAAAUAAAAAUAUAA